GCGCUGAGGUUGGCUACACUGUAGUAACUACGUGGUCGCAAGAGUACGAAAAUGUAAACAUGCACAAACAUUUUUUGAUAUUUUUCCAUUAUUGUAGUUAUAAUAAACAAUUUACCCUCUAAUGAACUACAUUUAAGAAAAAUAAUUCAAGUGAUAUAUCAAAAAUACCUAUUUAAGCGAAGUUUCGACAUCAAUUUAUUUUCUGUAACCGUAGUGAAUAUAGGUGGAAGCGUCGUCAAGCGCUGUAGAAAUUUCAAGUCCGUUUAAUGGCGGACGCCAAUAAUUUGGAAGUUUCGUGAUUCUAUUGUUCUGUUUUCAAGUAUUUCAAUCGUUUAUUGAUUCGGGAAUGAGUUUUGUUAUUAGUGAUCGCGCUCAAAGUGUUUCAAUCGUGAAAGUGCUAUGAAAUGUUCUGUUUUAACGUGACAAAAGCGCCUGCUAGCUAUGUAACCUUUUCCCUAACCUCGUUUACGCCAAUGGAGUAGAUAUGUGAUCGAUGUGUGUGCGUCGGUGAACGAUUUUUCGUCCGUUUCGCGUUAUUUUGUGCGAAGUUAUUCGGGUUAUUAGUGAUGGAAGUGUCCGCGUCGCGGUUUUGCAAUCCGACGCCCGAUUUCGACGUAACGUAAGCGAGCCGGUCGAUCGCUAGAGCCGAGUGUAAGCAGGCGGCCGUCCGCCACCAGCCGACAUGGCUGCAACGCAGGCCGAGUCUCAGCGUAGCGAUACGAACGUAGAUCAGACUCCAUCGGAACAGCUCAGUGAAUCUCGGAACGCUCUAUUACAAAACGGCACCGACAAGUCCGUCGGGCGCGUUCCGCCCGAUGGCGUCGUGAACACAAAGAGUAAAUCGCCGAUGUCAGGCGAGCCGGGGCCGCCACGAGACGGCGGCGACGCGCCCGGUCACGACCGGAUCGCAGACCGACCGCCGGGCGAUCUGUACGGUCAAUAUAGGUAUCCGGAUGGCACGGAUCCGUACUACGCGCAGCGGCCGGGAUUCGGCGGGAAACCGCGCGGUCCGCCGCCGCAGCAGCGCUUCUUCCCGGGGCAGCCGACAUCGCAGGCGCCGGGACCCACGCCGACGCUCAACUCGUUGCUACAGUCGAGUGGUGCGCCGCCACACCGCUACCCUAAUAGCUACGAGCAGCCGCCGGCGGGCUACGGGCCUGGGCCUGGUUGGCCUCCGCCGCGGCCCAUGCCUCCCUAUAAUCCUCAAGCUAAUCCCUAUAGGAAUUCAACGCCACCGCGAGGCUUCGGCGGGCCUCCGUACGGCGCGGGCGCCCCGGGGGGCCCCCAACAGCCCCCGGCUGGCUACGGGCCUCCAGGGUCCUAUCCUCAGCGGUAUCCACCGCCUCCUGGCCCACCGGGAGCACCCAACUCCAGGCCGCCGUUCUCCUCGCAUCCGGGUUACGAGAGAGGCGGUUCGCCUCAGCCUCCUUCGCAGCCGCCGGGCGCGCCGAGCCCCGGAGCGCCGCCUAGCGCGCCCGGCGGGCUGUCCCCGACGCAAGACUCGCAGCACCCGCCGCACCACCCGCCCCACGGGGCGCAGCCACCUCCUCAGCACCAGGGUUACCCACCACCGCCGAGGCCUCCUCAGCCGUCCACACCAAACGCACACGAUCCUGAUUCGGAUCUGACCGGUCAGAACAGCAAUGACUCGGGCGGCAGCGGAGGCGCGGGGCGCGCUUCGACGCCGCACCUGAGGCCGACGCCCAGCCCCACCGGCUCCAGCGGAUCCCGCUCCAUGUCACCGGCUGUCGGUACGCAGAACGUACCGAUGCCGCCGCGGCCGUCGUCUUCCCUGUCGGACGGCAGCGGGCCCGCGUCGCGCCCCGGCGGCGCGGCGCCCGGGCCGGCGCCCAGCCCCGUGCCGCCGCCGGGCGCCAUGGUAGCGCAGCCCUACCACCACGGCUACAAGCCCUACCCGCCGCAGCCCUACGGCUACCCGCCCAGGAACCACCACCCCUACCAGUACGGGUACCGGCCGCAGCCGCCGCACCCGCAGCAUCCGCCGCCUCACCCGCCGCAACAUUACCCGCCGCUCAAACAGCAACAGCCUCGGCACAUGGGUCCGCCGGGGUCGGCGCCGCCGGGCAUGGAGGGCGCCAUGCCGCCGCCCACGGCGCCGGGGCCGGGCGAGGCGCACGACAACGGGCCCGCGCCGCCCGCCACCGCGCUCGUCACCACCGGGCCCGACGGCGCGCCGCUCGACGAGGGCAGCCAGCAGAGCACGCUCAGCAACGCCUCCGCAGCGAGCGGCGAGGAGCCGGUGGGCGGCGGCAAGGCGCGCAAGGAGUUCGGGCUGGGCAGCGCGGCGCCGUCGCCGUCGCCGGGCGGCGGCUCGCACUCCUCCGCGCACGACGACUACGACGCCUCGCCCUCCUCCUGGCCGCGCCCGCCCUCUAGUCCCGUGUUUAACAGUCACAUACAGCCGGAGUCCUACAGAUCAAAGAAGUCGGACUCGCUGGGCAAGCUGUACGAGAUGGACGACGCGCCGGAGCGGCGCGGCUGGGUGGAGCGCCUGCUGGCCUUCAUGGAGGACCGCCGCACGCCCAUCGCCGCCUGCCCCACCAUCUCCAAGCAGCCGCUCGACCUCUACCGCCUCUACCUGCUGGUGCGCGACCGAGGCGGCUUCGUCGAGGUGACGAAGAAUAAGACUUGGAAGGACAUCGCGGGCCUGCUGGGGAUCGGCGCGUCGUCGUCGGCCGCGUACACGCUGCGCAAGCACUACACGAAGAACCUGCUGGCCUACGAGUGCCACUUCGACCGCGGCGGCAUCGACCCGCAGCCCAUCAUCAACCAGGUCGAGGCCUCCACCAAGAAGAAGGGCGGCAAGUCCAACACCACUCCUACACAAGCAGGGUCGGGCAACUCGCAGGAGGCGUUCCCCGCCGGCGCCGGCGCGGGCGCGGGCGGGCCGGCCGGCGCCGCCAUGGACGGCUACCCCGCGCAGUACCCGCCCUACCCGCCGCAGCCCAACACCAGCCAAGGCGGCGGGCCGGGCGGGCCGGCCGGCGACAACCUCGCCGCCUCCAACCCGUUCGACGAGCCGCCGGGGCCGCGCCGACCCCCAGGUUACCAACCUGGGUACGGAUAUGAAUACGGGUCACCUUACCAGUCCACGAGGCCGGUAUAUCCUCCUUACGGCCCCGAAGGGGAUAGAGGAUACGGUGCCGGCAGCGAGUACCGCUACGGCGGGUACGCGUACCGCGGCGCGGCGCCGGGCUCGGGCACGCCGCCGCCGCAGCCCUACCCCGACUACUACCGCCAGCACCCGCACCCGCACCCGCCGCCCAACCAGCACGAGAUGUCGGUUGGCGGCGGCGGCGGCGGCGGGGGUAUAAUGAGCUCGCAGCUCGCGCGGCAGCUGGUGGCGCCGCUGCCGGCCGCGCCGCGCGCCUACCAUGUACGGACCCGGACCGUUUGUACCACGCACUCCACCACGCUUCCGACAUUGGCGACCGGUUCAUCCGCACACACCCCGGUCCCACAAGAUCCCUGCGUCUGCGCUCACCCUUCACCUCUUUACGGGGCGGGCAAGCCCGGCAUGGGCGCGGGCGCGGGCGCGCCGGGGGCGGCGGGCUCGGGGGGCGCGGGAGGGGCGCCGGCGGGGGCGGGCGCGGGGGCGGGGGCGGGCGCGGGGCCGGGCGCGCCGCGGCGGCACCCGGACUUCGCCAAGGCGGACGGCUACGCGGCGCCCGCCGCCGCCGCCGCCGCCGGGCCCGCCGCGCCGCCGCGCUUCCCCGCCGCCUGGCCGCCCGGCCCCUUCCCGCGCCAGCAGCCGCCGCCGCCGCAGCCCGCCUGGCGCCCGCAGCACCAGCCGCCGCAGCCCUGGCCGACGCACCAGCCCUACCCCCAACAGGGUCAGGCAGGGGCGGCGUGGGGCGGCGCGCCGCGGCCGCCGGCGGAGUCCUACCCGCCCGGCGUCGUGCCCUCGCCCGGUCCCCCCAGCAUGAGCCUCCCGGGCGGGCAGCUGAAGCGCGAGAUGACGUUCCCCGCCGAGUGCGUGGAGGCGACCGCGCCCGCCGGCGAGAAGCGGCGCCGCCUCACCAAGGCCGACGUCGCGCCCGUCGACGCCUGGCGCGUCGUCAUGGCGCUCAAGUCCGGCCUGCUCGCCGAGACCUGCUGGGCGCUCGACAUCCUCAACAUCCUCCUCUUCGACGACAACUGCAUAGGCUACUUCGGGCUCCAGCACAUGCCCGGGCUGCUCGACCUGCUGCUGGAGCACUUCCACCGCGGGCUGGCGGAGGUGUUCGACGCGCCGCCGCCGCCCGACACGCCGUGGUACGCGGCGCCCGGGGCCGCCGAGCCCGCCGCGCCGCCCGCGCCCGCGGUGGCGCCGCCCGACCCCGCCGACCGCGUGCGCGUGCUGGCCUGCGAGAACUACACGCUGGCGGCGCGGCGGCGGCGCGCGCACGUCUCCUACCGCGCCGAGCCCGACGCCGCCGCCGCCGACCUGUUCGCGCCCGAGCCGCCCGACGAGCCCGAGGACCGCCACGACGCGCUCGAGCCCUGGCAGCUCGCCGACCACGUCAUGCCCUGCUUCCGCGCCGAGUUCCUGCCGCUGCCCUUCGUGCGCGUGCUGCCCGGCGAGCGCGCGCCCUCGCCGCCGCCGCCCGAGCCGCGCGCCGCCUCGCCGGCGCCGCCCGAGCCGGCCGAGCCCGCGCCCGCACCCAGUACGCCCGAGGAGGACCGCGACAACCUGGAGGCGGAGCCCAUGGAGCUGGAGGUGGAGCGGCGGGUGACGCUCGCCGUGCGCGACCCCGCCGGCGUGCUGAAGCGCCGCCGGCUAGAGGACUACGAGGACGAGUGCUACACGCGCGACGAGCCGAGCCUCAACCUAGUUAGCGAGACCCGCGACGCGCUCGCGAAGCGCUGCAUAGCUCUGUCCAAUAUUCUGCGAGGGCUGACGUUCGUGCCGGGCAACGAGGCGGAGUUCUCGCGGUCGGGCGCGUUCCUGGCGCUGGCCGGCAAGCUGCUGCUGCUGCACCACGAGCACGCGCCGCGGGCCGCGCGGGCGCGAGCGUACGAGCGCGCGGCGCGGGACGAGGCCGACCAGGACGCGUGCUGCUCGUCGCUGCGCGGCGAGGGCGAGUGGUGGUGGGACGCGCUGGCGCAGCUGCGCGAGGACGCGCUCGUGGCGUGCGCCAACAUCGCCGGCUCCGUGGAGUUGCAGCACCAGCCGGAGGCGGUGGCGCGGCCGCUGCUGGACGGGCUGCUGCACUGGGCCGUGUGCCCGGCGGCCGUGGCGGGCGACGCGCCGCCGGCAGCGGCGCCGGGCUCUCCGCUGUCGCCGCGGCGGCUGGCGCUGGAGGCGCUGUGCAAGCUGUGCGUGACGGACGCCAACGUGGACCUGGUGCUGGCGACGCCGCCGCGGGGCCGCAUCGCGGCGCUGUGCGCGGGGCUGGCGCGGGACCUGUGCCGGCCGGAGCGGCCGGUGGUGCGCGAGUUCGCAGUGAACCUGCUGCACUACCUGGCGGGCGCGGGCGGGCCGGCGGCGCGCGAGGUGGCGCUGCAGGCGCCGGCGGUGGCGCAGCUGGUGGCGUUCAUCGAGCGCGCGGAGCAGACGGCCCUGGGCGUGGCCAACCAACACGGCGUGGCGGCGCUGCGCGACAACCCGGACGCGAUGGGCACGUCGCUGGACAUGCUGCGGCGCGCGGCCGCCACGCUGCUGCGGCUGGCGGAGCACGCGGAGAACCGCCCGCUGAUCCGGCGGCACGAGCGGCGGCUGCUGUCGCUGGUCAUGUCGCAGAUCCUGGACCAGAAGGUGGCGCACGAGCUGGCGGACGUGCUGUACCACUGCAGCCAGCCGCGGCCCGAGGACGCGCCCGACCACCACGAACAAUAGACGCUCUAGUGCGGUGCGGUGUGUGGUGUGACUGUGACAUGAGACUGAGUUAUACCUGUCGGUACGUGUACAUAUAGUGAUACGGCGCAGGCCGACGAGAGGCCGUAGCGGUGUCUGACGUGUUAGGCUGUACAAUCCGAUUUUGUUAUUUAUGUCCACGAUGAUUUAUUUACAAGAAUGUCAAUGUGCUAUAAUCGAUUUCUAUUGUUCGAUUGAGAAAAGAUGUAUUAUAAUAACUCGUAAUUUUGAUUUUUAUAAUAAAAUGGGACUUGAAUCUG